AGCUUACUUCUGGAGGGUAUAUUUUAAACAGUGGAGGGGUUUUUCUAUCCUACCUGCCUCUUUAAAUUAAUCCCUUCUUAGUCUCAGAGGAGAAAGGUUGCAGCCUGGGUGAGGCAGGUUGGCCACUCCUUUCAUUAUACUGUAACUCCCCUAAGGCUGUCUUUCUCUCUAUCCCUCUGCUGUCUGCCAUCCUCUGCUCUCUAUCCCGCUCUCUCAUCUCUCCUAUCUCAUCAUCCUUCCCUCUCUCAUUGCUGUUUUUUUUUACCUCAUUCUUCUCACUAGCUUUUUCCUAAUAAAAAUCCUUCCUUUUUCUCUUUCUCAUAGACAAGAAACCUGCACAUCGAACAUACAAAUUCACAAGUGACCACUCUCUCUCUCUCUCUCUCUCUCUCUCUCUCUCUCUCUCUCUCUCUCUCUCUCUCACACACACACACACACUCACACACAAACAUGCUUACACCCAGCCCCUCCUGCUGGCAGAGCAGGGCGAAGCAGGAGCGGCGGCAGCAGCUGCUCUGACACAUCCUGGCGUGACGAACUCACACCAAAAAGGCAGGAGGAAAGCAGGAGAAGGAAGAGGAGAAAAGGAGGAGGGGAGGGAGGAGAGGAGGAAGCGGAGGACACAACUCUGUCAAAAGGACACCAGAGGACAGGAGAAGAAGAGGAGGGCGAGGACAAGGGGAAGGAGAGCAGUGGAGACGGGUGUUGCAGUCAUGUCAGACACACCUUUGCAGAGGAACGGCACAGCAACAGCGCCGAUGUCGUGUGAGGAGGCUCAGCUCCACAAAGAGAGGCUGCAGGCCUUGGCGGAGAAGCGAAAACGGCAAGCUGAAAUCGAAGACAAAAGAAGCCAGCUCGAUGACCUGGUGCUACAGUUACAACAUCUCAAGUCCAAAGCCAUGCGAGAGCGAUGGCUCCUCCAGGGAAUGGGUGUGGAGGAAGAGGAGGCACGGCGGAAACAGCUGGAACAGGAUGAAGAACAAGGGAAGAGGCUGGAAGACAUGAUACAUAGGCUGGAGUCUGAAAUCGGUACACUUGAAAGUGAAGAGUCUCAGAUCUCAGCCAAAGAGCAGGUUCUCCGAGAACGUCUGAAAGAGACGGAGCGCUCCAUAGAAGACCUGCAGAAGAGUCUGAUGACCCAGGAUGGAGAUGCCACCUGCUGCAUGUCGGCCCCCCUCUCGGACUGCACGGAUCCCGAUCCCGACCACCUCGUCCUGGCCACGCAGCCCCAGACCAGCCCACCUGCCUCUGGAGAGCACGCCAUACCAAGACCUGCCAUGUUUGCCAUGGAGAUCAACGUGCAGCAUGACCCACAGACCGGCGAGCAGCGCAUCCUGUCAGCCAACCGUGUGAGCCCGCUGGAUGCAGCGUCACGUGGCAUCAAAGUCUAUGAUGAUGGCAGAAAGGUGGUCUACGAGGUCACUUCCUCUGGGGGUGUGUCCACUACCACUGUGGAGAAUGGUUGGAGCUCUGCGCAGGUUGACCAGCUUAUCCAGCGCGCUGCCAGACCUGCUGUGCGAGGAGGAGAUGGCGGGAGGGGUCAGGUGACGGUGACCCCAGCUACCCCAGCUACCCCAGCUACCCCAGCUACCCCAGCUGCCCCACAGGCUUACGUUUCCCCAGCAGAUGUUGAUGAUCUGUCCCCACCCUCCUGCGCCCCGCCAUCCAUCCCCUCCAGCCCGCCAGCCCAGGUCACCCUCCAGAGGGAAACCCGGCUGGGCAUGAUGCCCCCCUCUGCUCCUGUCACAACUCAGCCCGUCUCCUCAGCCCACCCAGGCAACGAGCUCACCUCCCCACCUCAAGCCAGUGCAGAGCACCCAGUCACCAUGGUGUUCCUUGGCUACCAAGACGUUGAGGACAUGAGCGAGAGCAGGCGACUGCUAGGCUUUGACGGCGCCGUGAAGGCCGAGGUGGUUCUGAUCGACGAAGACGACGAGAAAUCGCUGAGGGAGAAGACAGUCACUGACCUAUCUGUCAUCGACGGCACGGCGGCUGACCUCGUGUCGGGGCGGCCGGCCACAUCUGAGGCCGUCAGCACGGAACUGUCAUCUGACGGCCGUGAGCCUGACAGCGCCUCCUCGCCCCCCACGAAUCCUGACGCCAACACGGCCCCCCCACCCGGCCUCACCCCCGCCACAGGCUACAGCCAAACACCAGAGGUUACCGUGACAACCACAAAUGGCUAUCAAGCUCCCAUUCCAACCAGACAUCCUCACACUGCCAUGAAAUCGUGGCGGGCAGCCGAGGAUGCCAGUGACACAAUACCAAGAGAGCGAGCCCUGAAGAGCGUCAGUUUCCAGGAAUCGGUCAGCGUUAUCACUGACAGGCCCGCAACCAUGGAACUAGAGAGCCAGCAGAUCCAACAUGGCUGCCUCAGCAGCCCCAGUAACCGAGGCCACAGCGCAGCUGGUGUGAAAGUAGAGACUCCUGACAGCGAGGUGGUUCAGGAGAUCUGUUACCUGGACCAAGUGUUAGACGCAGCCUCUGAAACACCCACCAAUGGAAACUCGUCUCCGUCACACCACACCAAACCAAUCAGCAUUGAUGGAACCUCUCCGUCUGUCUGUGUGUCAACCUCCUCUCCUGCCAAUCACCAGCCAAUCGUUGUGGAGGGGCAGAGACAAACGACGUUCGUCCACCAGGAGGACUCUGGCGUGAGAACCAACGGGCAUGUUCAGGGGGAGGAGUCGGGGCGCAGCAGGGCGAAGUUUGAGCUGAGAGCGUUUCAGGAGGAAAGACGGCCAGCAAAACUCUUCACCCCCGGAGAGGAGCAGCAGGUCAGGGUGACGAGGAGACGACCCUCAGAGGAGGUUCAGGAGUUGGAGCGUGAGCGCCAGGAGCUGAUCAGAGAUCAGGCUGUGAAGAAAAACCCUGGGAUCGCCCAGCGCUGGUGGAACCCUCCUCAGGAGGUGCCUUUGGAAGCGCAGCUGGACGCAGAUCAGCUUGAGUCUCUCAAGAAAUACCAGGAGAGAAAACAGCAGAAACAGAAUCACACUUAUACAUACACACAGCCCCAGGUGUUAGGUCCUCCCACAAUGGUGACCUCUGACCCAGAGCUAACCAGGAAGGAGGACAUUGUCGAGAAGCAGAUCGACUUCUCGUCUGCCAGGAAGCAAUUUCUGCAAGGGGAGGGCACCAAGAAGGACAUAGCUCCUCAGAUAUACUCCGCCAAACCCUUCUCGAAAUCCAUAACCAGGGGCAGCCAGGGGAGCAGUGACAUUGUUGCCGAAACCGGAGAGAGCCACGUGACCUGGUCUGAUGAAGGAAUUGCAGGAGAAUUCACGUGUGCGCGAGCCGUAAUGACAAUCCUGCGUGAGGAGGAGGAAGGGAAGGAUCAUUUCCACCCAGCCUUUCACCCAGAGGAGUCUGACUCAGGAUUGGACGAGUUAUCUGUCCGCUCUCAGGACACUACUGUGUUUAGCUUGGAUAAUGUUUCCGACAGCGGGGCUUCGCUACCCCCUACCCCGUUGCCACUUACCCCUGUGUCACCUCCUACCCCCCAGCCCACCACGCCAGUCAACGGGCAGACCAGCGGCGGUCCAACAGAACACGAGCUGGAGUUCCACGCCGGGGUACUUGUGCAAAGUGCCAUCCAACAUGCCCUUGCAGCUGAGAACGGAGAGGAGUGGCAGCCAUCUGACCUGAACUCUUCACAGCUCAGCACCCCUGUGUCUCCAUCCUCAGCUUCUACAAGUAGCCCAGUGCCAGUCUCCCCUGUGUCUUCCGGUGGAGCUCCGAGUCUCCAAUCACCUGUGUCCUCCAGUCCUGCUCUAUCCAACCCGUCCCCUCAGCCAGACAGGCGGCCAGAGGUAAGAGUUGUUUUCCAAGAGAAGCCCGCAGAAUCACAGCAGACUCAGCAGCAGCAACAACAGCAGCCCUCCAGUCCAGCACAGCAACCACAGCUCCAGACACCUUCUCCGCCACCUUCUCAGCCUGUCUCACCUCCACAGAGACCCAAAGAUGGAGGCCCCAGGAUCAAAAUCCAGUCCUCUUACGCCAGAGCGCUCGCUUCCUCAGCCCCGGCUCCAGCUCCAGCUCCAGCUCCAGCUUCAGCUGCUGCCUCGGCAGCUCCUGUUUCCAGGCCAACCCCAGUUUACCGUCCCCCUUCUCCUCCAAGCCCGGAGAAACAGGAGUUCAGCUACUUCAGUAAAUACUCAGAGGCAGCUGAACUUCGUAGCACAGCAGCAGCAACACGAAGUCCCGAGGCAGAGGCAGCUAGCGGCCCGUUCCGCCUGCGCUCCAAGAAGCAGCGAACCUUGUCCAUGAUUGAGGAGGAGAUCCGAGCAGCUCAGCAGAGGGAGGAGGAGCUGAAGAAACAGAGGGAGGCGCAGCCUGUUGUUAUUGUCCGCCCCAGCCACACUUCCAGCAGCAGUCAUGGGCCUAUGAGGACAGGGAUGCGGCAAUCCACCAUUUCCGCAGCAGAUAAGAUGAAGAGUAACAGCCUGCCAACUAGACUCACACUGUCAGCAAAGACAGCACCAGGAAAGAUUGAGAAGAUUCGACCUGCGCCACCCGUCUCACCCUCACCCUCAGAGGGAGCCCUGUCUGAUGCCGGCAGUGAGGACUCAGGAGGAUCACGACCCAAAAACUUCAUGCAGACGCUUAUGGAAGACUAUGAAACACACAAGGUGAAAAGGAGGGAGAAAAUGGAGGACAACAGUUAUGCCCGUUUGUUGCUGGCCAACGAGGUAACCACUGAGGUUCUGGAGGCCACUCGUGUCACCAGGAGGAAAAGCGACAUGGCGCUGAAGUGGGAAGCCGGCAUCUACGCGAAUGAAGAAGGGGAGGAAGAAGAGGAGGAGGAAGAGGAGGAAGAAGAAGAAGAGGAGGAGGAGUAAACAGCUCAUUUCAGAGACAGUUAAGGGACUGAGGAGAAAGAGGAAGAGGAAGAGACUGAAGGAAAAACGCAAACAGGAGGAGAAAGGACAAAGAAAGGAAACAGUAUUUAUUUUACUAAUAGUAUUCUGAUGAUCACAUGACCCUGCAUCAAUUUGUGAUUUUUGGACCUGAGGAUUGAGGACGGAACAGUAUGUUAAAAGACUGAGUAUGUGAGAGACAUUUGAAGUGUUGCGUGAGUUUGAAGAAAGGUCAGCGAUGCAAGAGACACUUUGAAAGGGUUUUAUGGUGGAUUAUGAGCGUUCUGCAGAAGCUUAUUUGGAAUAGAAGGUUUUUACUAGUUGGUAGACGCUGAAUGACUUAAAUAUUCAUAGGAUUUUUCACUUAUCUGCAAUAUUAUUGUAGAAAUAUGGGCUGAGAUCUAAAGAUUUUAUUUUGACAGGUUGCCUGAGACUUGAUGAUGAUGAUUUUGGCAAUAUGUGCUUGAGAAUAACCCCAGUCAUCUUCAAAAUGUGUGGCAAGGGUUUGAUUACAAAGAGGAUAAAAAGAUGCUAAAGACAAGCAGGUGUAUGCAGAGUGACUAUUGAGAAACUUCUGACUGAAAGUUAUGCUAGAAAGGAGAAAGAACGAGGCCUAAUCACGCACUCAAGACAUGUUUUCUAUAAUUUCAGAGUAAUCUUUACUGCAGGGAGGCUGUGAUGUUUUUCAGGGUUUUAACCCAAUGGGAAUCGAAGCAUCACUUUCAGAACCCGUGAAGUUUUAUCUUCUGCAUCCUGCAGUGCCACAAUACACCACAGUACAGCUAUAACAGACAGACAACAUGUUGGCUGGAGCUUUAGCAUCCCUUUCAAGCAUCUGUGUUAAAUCUUAAGUGCCGACCUGAGGGUCAGCGUCCUUGAAUCAUUAAAUGCUAGAGAGGAAAUCCGCAUAACUAGCAUCAAGGUGCAACUCUGCCUUAGACCUGUCAGUAAUUGUUGAAUGCACGAUAUGUAUGAUGUAUCUUAUCUUCUUCUAUCCUGUAUUACUACAGUUCCAGUAGACUUUAGAGAAAAUAAGCAACCACAUUAGAUAGUCUGUCUACAAAACACUAUUCUUCAGUGACUUCACAGAUGGGAGGAGACAGAGGGGGGGAGAGGGAGGCUAACUGCAGGUCAUGUUUGUGUCACUUCAGUCAGUGUGUGUGUAUUAAUGAAAGGGCUGGGUCAGGGGUUUUAUAUUCUAAAAAUCAUUUAUUUUACCUUUGCUGGCUACGCCGCUUUGUUGACCUGUGCUUUCUGAUGUAAGCAGUUGUUUCAUGUAUUAUACUGAGGUAGGACUGUGUAUUUGAUAUAUGAACAUGUAUGUUGAGAUUCCAUUGGGGCAACUGCCGUCUAUCUACUAUACCUUGCUAGUUGAGGAUAAAGUUUGAUGAAAAAUAUUGAAAAAGCCUUUUAUAAAAAGUUGUUAUACCAAAACAGAAUGUUGUUACUUAGAGAAAAUACAGUCAGCCUAAGCUCUUAGGUCUGUUUAAAAAGUACUGAUUGUGUGCAUGGCAUUACACUCCUUUUCCUAACCUGAAAACAAGCACACAACAAGCAGCAAAAAGAAGGCAACUGACUAUCAGUGCUACAAGCUGAACAGACUUCUGUUCAUAUUUACAUCACUAACAUACUGUAAGUUGGGGUUGUCUGUUUUUUUACUGAAUAUAUUGUGAGCUUUGAUUUUGCAAGAUGAUGUGAUUUUCUGUUUCGUUAAACUACAGGCGUUACAGGCCUCUGUGAUUUUGACAAUACUGUGGACCGUCCAGGUGUAGAAAACAAGGUUCAGCUUCAACAUGAAAACACGUUGCAAACACAGUCAGAAUAAUCCCUGGCGCCUACAGGACUGUCUUGAAAUUAGAACUGAAAGUAGAAAUGUGUCAGCAUGACUGUAGAUACAGUAUUCCUGAACCACUUUAACUGAAAAGUAGCUAAAUUAUUAUACAUUUUAGUCUUUAUUUUGAAGCCUUUGAGAUUUUAUCCAGCAUUAGGAUAUCAGGAGGUUGUUUUCUGUAAACCAAAGGUUACAGUUUUGAUCACCAGUGUGUCCUGUUCAAGUGUCCUUCAGCUCACACACUGAAUAAAAUCCUCAGAAAUGCCUGAAACACAAAUGUACACUGAGGUAGACUUGCACAAAAGAUGAAAAAGAAACUGCGGGACACAUACUAACCCUUGACGAUAAUUAAUCUGUAUUGUAUUUGUUAGGACAGCCCCAGCAUGAGGUCAAAUACCUCUUGGCUGGAAAUGCAGUGCUAGCAACUGCACCAACCAGAAGUGAAAACCAAGGACUUCUGCCUCUGUGAUGUGCCCAUUUCCCCACGGAGACAGAAAAAAACUCAAUGACUCCAUAGAAUCCUCCUUGUUCUUGUUUUUAUACACUUUUAAUAAUAUAUAAAAUGAAAAAAAGUAUUUAAAGGACUAGUGUCCCUUUUUAUGAGCUUGAGAAAUGUAAACGUGUCAUUGACAGAGGUACUGUGUCACUGAUACUGAUUGGAAAUUCAUUUUGCCACAAGACUUAAGGGACAAAUGAAAAAGUCAGUUGGGACAAAAACUUUCUUUCUUUUUUUUUUCCAGACAUGAGGAACAUGAUUGAAGCGAUCAGACAAUAUUAAAAGCACUUGUCAUACUGGUAUAUAUGAUUUCCUGGUGAGAAAGUCAUCGAGCUUCAACAGACACAGAUCCUUUGUGAUGAAUGAUUGUCUUACAGUGGCCUAUCCUGGAUGCCAUCUGAGCAUCUGCUCUAUCUAAGCUUUAUUCAUAGCACAAUUUGAGUUUUCAUUAACAGAGGCAAAGUUUACUGCAGCAGCACAUUGUAAAACUGUGUUAUUGCACACAAACACACUCACGCUGUCCUCAUGUAUGUUUCAAAGCACACAAUUAAACCCCCCACGCCUGAGUUCUCAUUAAAUAAUACUCUUGAAAAGGUAACAGACAUCAUGCACACUCAGAGGAGUUAUAAUUGUGUGAUUUAUUAUUAUUAUUAUGAUGAUUAUUAUUAUAAUAAUUGUUAUUAUUAUUUGUUGUUUGACUUGAUGGUGCAGAGAUGAUUUAUUUAUCAUUUGAAAUGCUGUUAGCUUGUUUUCACCCUGCAGAAGCGCCUGAGCUUCAGUGCGGGGGCUCAUACUGUCUGUGUGUGACGAAGCAAUCUUAUCAUACAGUAUAUAACCUCUGUCCCUAUGUUAACCACUUGUAUGCUCAUACUCUGCUUUGUUAUUUUAUAGCACAUGUAAGGCUCACAGUUAUACACCUACUAUACAUAUUAUGAAUAUUUUCUCAUUAAAAACAAAACAUGUA